AUGGCACCAAAUCCAAGAGUUGCGAGAGCAUUUCGUGCUAUGAGGAGUAUUGGCAUCAUUGAAGAAAAAGUGAAACCCGUCUUGAAAAAUCUUUUAAAAUUGUAUGACAAAAACUGGGAACUUAUUGAAGAAGAAAAUUACAGAGCCCUCGCAGAUGCUAUAUUUGACCAAGAGGAGACACAGUCACCACAGCCACUUGUUAGAAACAAAGGAAAGCAACCUGUCUUGCCAAAGCCCGUGUCAACACAAAAUAGUUUUGAGCCAUCUCAGCCAGGUGCUGCUGACAGAACUGAGCCAUUUGCUACAAGGAGAACUGAAUCUGAUUUCGUUUCUCCUCUAGUACGUCACACAGGAAAAGGAAAGGAACCUCUCUUACCUCAAAUUGCUCCAAGAAUUUCUGUGAGGUCGCCUCAUGCAGUGCGCUUGAAAGAACCAAUGGUUGACACUGGCAUUGUCCUUUCACCCAAGCUGCACUUACAUGAUUCUCGUGCUUUGAUCAAGCCUAAAGAUGAGCCAUUCACUGAUGACAUACUGCAGUCAGAGGUUCCUAGUGCAGUGAUUCAUGGAGAGCCAUUAAGCAUAGAAAAUUCUUCAAGUGCAAAUGGCUCAAUUGGAGCAUCUGAUGGUCCUGAACAUGUUGUAUCCCAAUCUGUAGAUGGGGAAGCUAGAAAUGAUAGUGUUCUAGCUUCAUCAAAUGAAAGGAGAACUGAUUGCAAGCUUGCAAACAAUGUGGAUGGGUCUUCUUCUAACUUAGAUAUUGCUUCCUCACACUAUGGAGAGGAACUGGGAACUGACUCUGCCAAUAAAUCACAGGAAACAAUUAUGCCAGCUAUUGAUUUAUUGAAACAAUCUAAUGCACUGGAUGCUUUGGGUGCUAGAGUAAAGCCAUUUGGUGCUUCUAAUGGAUCAGUCAUUACCCCAUGUGCUGUUGAAGUAGCAGAGUCUCAAAUUCCAAGACUUCCAUCAUCUUCCAAUGGGAUAGAUGACUGCACACAAACUGAUAAGAAUACUAUUGAGAACAUUGGUGAAAUUGAUGAGGAAAAGGAACAGAAUAGUCUUGGGCAUGCAAAUCCUCAUAGUCUGUUGGCUCAGCAGCCUGAUGAUAUAAAGUCUCUUCAUGAUGCUAAUGACAUAGCCAAAGGACAAGAAAGAGUUGUGAUUUCAUUGGUAAAUGAAGUCAACAAUGAGUGUCCACCAUCCUUUCACCAUAUACCCAAAAAUGCAGUUUUUCAGAAUGCUUAUGUCAAUUUCUCUUUGGCUCGGAUUGGGGAGAAUUGUUGUUCGAUUUGUCUUGGCGAUUGUUUAUCAUCGUCAACACCUUGUGCUUGUGCAAAUGAAACUGGUGGUGAUUUUGCAUACACCUUAGAAGGCCUGGUUAAAGAUGAAUUUUUAGAAGAGUGUAUUUCGAUGAAUCGCGAUCCUCAAAAGCACUGCCACUUUUAUUGUAAGGAGUGCCCAUUGGAAAGAUCAAAAAAUGAUGAUAUUAUAGAACCAUGCAAAGGUCACUUAGUGAGGAGGUUCAUAAAAGAGUGUUGGUGGAAAUGUGGCUGCAGUAAGCAAUGUGGUAAUCAGGUGGUACAGCAUGGUAUAAGUUGCAAUUUGCAGGUGAGAAUAUGAGCCAAAAAUCUCAGGUUUAUGUAUUUAUUAAUUAUUAUUAUUAUUAUUAUUUUAAAUUGGAGUUUUUUGGGAACUUUGAAUUUUGAAAAAGAGUAGUAAACCUUACCAAUUUUUAACACU